UCGGGCAAUGGAAUCGAUGGCAUAUGUUCAAAGGUAAACAGCUAUCUCUCCGACCUUUCUCGCUUCUUCUCUGCACGGAACCCAACACUCUCCUCCACCAAAUCCCCAGCGACCAUAUUCACGAACUGGAUGAAGGAGUAUAGACUUGAGCUUAAUAUUGCAGUCGAUGGCGGCAAAAUUCCGACUGUCAAUAACCCUAAGAUUUUAGGUGUAAAAUUUGAUAGUCUAUGCUCCUUCACUCCUCAUACCACUGCUAUUACCGCCAAGGUACAGAGGCGCAUCAAAAUCCUCAAGUCUCUAGCCGGCAGCACAUUGGGAAAAGACAAAGAAACGUUGUUGGCCUCUUACAAGGCAAUCGGCCGGACGGUCCUCAACUACGCCACACCUGUAUGUUCGCCUGGAUACAGUGGAACGCAGAUGAAGAAGCUACAGACCUGCCAGAACACUGCACUCCGGACCACAAAAGGAUGCCUCUUGAUGUCUCCCAUUGAACAUCUACAUAGUGAGGUGCUUAUGCUCCCCGUUAAGGACCAUAAUGAACUCCUCUCCAAGCAGUUCCUGCUGGGAUAUAACCCUACACAUCUGACACCCAUCUCCCUAUGGUCCGACCCCGACGAAAGAACACGUUUCCUGGGCCUACUGUUGGAUGACAUCGAUGACUACUUAUCUCAAUCUUACCAACUUAAUAUCAUGUUCAGACCGACACUUAAUCAUACGAUUUCGGCUGUUGAGUAG